AUAAUAUGUUACAUGUCGGUUAUUUUCAUGGUUGACUUUAUUUGUCAAAAGUCAACAUUUACAAAUACAGCAAACAAACGAUCUUCUAAUGGGAAGAGAAUUUCAUCAAAACAAUGAAGUUUUUCAUCUUCUUAUCUGUAAUAUUUUUCUCUAUGGAGUAACUUCUCUUCAUUUGGGUUUGAGGAACCUUAGUCAUCUUUAUUUGACUUGAUAAUUGUAUAACUACUUUAACUUGUUAAACUUGAGUUCAUAUCUUUGUAUAUUUUCAGGAUCAAUUCUGAUCAAUUAUGCUCUAAUUAAGCCUAUUUAUUUCUACUGUGACCUAUGAGAGAGAAUAGUUGAUAAGGUUAAUAGAGCAAAAUUGAUUGGAAGUAGAUGAUCGAUUGUGUGUUAGGGAGUCGAUCAAUUGAUUUGUAUUGAGUGAGAAUUUUACCCAAUAGAGGGAGUCUGGUGUGAUUGUCUUGAUAUUAUGUCGUAUUUAAAGAUACUGUCCCUCUAAACAGUAUAUUCAAGAGGGUCAUGUCUACUUAGUCGAGAUUCCAGGCUUGUUGAGAUUUUUCCGCAUUAUGAAUGGAGAGUGAGAUUCAACGAAAAAAAAAGAAAUAAGUUAGAGAAUCAUCAAUCGUUAAUCCGACUAGUGUUUGGAGGAAUCAUACCUUAGUCAGCCUCCAACCUUGUAAUUUGUAGUUUAACCUUUCAUGUAGUUAUUUUAGUUGUUUAACCUGAAAUGGAAUGUUCUAAAUAAUAAAGUCAAACUGAGUAAUAAUAUAUAUAGAGAAUCGUGAGUUCGAUAUUUUUUCCUUGUCCCACAAUAUUGUGGUAUCUUUCACUAGUUUCACUUGAUCUUUGUUUUAUUUUUCACCCUUGCGAGUGUUUUUGUUUUUAUUUGUCCACGUUUGAAUCAUAAAUCCCAAUGGUUUCUCCGACAUGUGAAGGUAUUAACCAACAUCCAAUUGGUGUUACCUGAAUCCUUCAUGGGACAACCAAGCCGGAGAAGGCCUCAGUGUUGAAACCGUUGGAUCAACGGGGUGAUUUUGUUCUUCUUUUGGCAAGAACGUGCCAGUUUGAGAUCUUCUUGGGCCUUAACCUCGCCAUAAUGCUCAUCACUCAGAUUCGAGUUCCAUACCAACCAUCCUUCCAUGAGAAACAACGACACCCUUGGGAGAUUCAAAUGUUUCUUCAUAUCAAGAAGACUUUAUUCCACAACUCGAGGGGCAUCCAAGUUGGAGUUAGUCAUGAUGACCCUCAUGGCCAAUUCGGUCGAGUCGUGCUACAUUCCACAACCGAAAACUAAGAGUCAAGAACUUGCUAUGGAUGAGUUCAUUCAUGAUGGUGAAAGAGCAUUGCUCCAAUGCGACCUUAGAACGCACCACUUGGUCUGAUCCACUUGGUCCGGCUCGACCAGACCCUCAUCAAACCAUGACCAUAAAACCAUAAUAAGAUUGUACCGGUUGAAUCCCCAGCUACAUACAAUUCAACUGAUAUUAUGAUAUGGUGUAACAAACACCAAUAUCAAAUUCAUCGAAUGUUGCAAAACAUAUAUGGCCACACCCACCAAAAACACAGCUAGGUAUGCAGGGACUAUGCAGGAUAAAAUGCGAACAAGAAUGAGUGGGCAGAUUACAACUUAGUUAUACGUACACCUCAUAAGGUGAAUUCAAUAAUUAGAACACCUUUCCACUGCUUGCUUGCUUGCUGGCUGGCAUCUGUAACCAUCCAUGUACACCGUUUUGUCUAGUGGAGGGUCCAUAGCUAGUCUGUAGUAUUUGUGCGUAUAUCCAAAAUACAUACCGGCAGGUGGAGGCACAAAAUUAAAGGUAUACAUUGUCGUAAAUCAGUUGUUACCUGGUUUAUUCCUAAUAAAUCGAGUUGUUCGGAGAAUGUUAUAUUGGAUCUUAUAUUACUCUCUAAUACGCUCCAUGGUUUAUUCCUAAUAACAUGAGUUGUUGGGAGAAUGUUAUGUUGGAUCGUGUAUCACUCUCUAACAUGCCCCCUCAGAUUCGAACACAUGAUCACUUGGCCAAACCAGCUCUAAUACCAUGUCAUAAACCAAUUACUCCCAAUAACUCUAGUUGUUAGGAGAAAAUUAUGUUGGAUUUUAUAUCACUCUCAUACACACAUGACAUAAGCCUUAUUUCUUGGUCCGAAUGUACUGAUAGGCUGGAUACUUAUAUCCCUGCAAAUAUCGACGGCAAUUCCACGGUACCUUGUCCCUCUUCUUAUGCUCAAUUAUGUGCAAACCAUAUCCAACUCUAUGUAAUAUGUAUGCAUGUCAUUAGGCUUGUAUUUAUAAGGAUACUUAUAUGAUCCCACAGUCUCACUGGCAAUUCCACCCUACUUGUGUCCCUCUUCUUAUACCUAUAUCUCCAUUAUCUCCGACUCUUAAGUAUGUUAUUAGGCUUGCAUUACUUACAUGACAGGGAUGUAUAGAUAUAGCAUAUAUACGAGUCUUCUUCCGGUUGAUAAACUGCUGAACAUUUGUCUUAUAAUCCUCAUGUUGAGGGGCGGAGCUACAUGUAACCUAGGGUGGGCCCGCCCCCAGAAUUUUAAGGAUAUUUAGUAUAAAUUUUAUAAGUAGACUUGUUAUGUAAAUCUUGUUGUGUAAUAGUCAUGUGGUUUAAUGGUAGCCAAGUUUGACUUAAAGUUUUAAAUCAUAUAUAUGGGUUCGAUCCACUUUGGCCAUCAACAUUUUGUUUAAUUAUUUUCGACCCCACAGUCUCGAAAUCCUGGCUCCGCCCCUUGAUCAUUCUGACUCAUCUCGUUUAUGAACAAGAAAUUGAUGAAUUUUAUGUGAAAUCAUUUGCUCAGUACACCUCCAUAGAUUCAUUUAAUCAUCAUGAUAAAGAUAAAACUUACGAGUAAACAUGUGUUGAUUGUCUGUAAUUCUAAACUAUAUAAUUAGUAUAGGGGGGGAAAAUGCAUGCAUAUGAUCAUUGUAUAUUUCUCAUAUUUUUUAGUACACUGUAGAGAAGCCCAUAUAUAACUUUGUAGGUAUGUAAUAUUGAACGAUAACAAAACGUUGUGGUUUAAUUAUGUACUACGUUUAGAUAGACAAAAAGUACAUAUUCCACCGGUUAAGCUGACAAACUUUUGAAUUUGGCUCCUCUAAUGUUCUGAGGUAGACAAUAUAGAAUAAAUAUUAGUGGCGAAUUUAGGAUUUCAAACGAGAAAUGACGAUAAAAAAGUUGCAAUUUUGAGAGUUAAAUCUUGAUUUUGGAGGAACGGCAGGUUAAGAGAGAGCACGUAUCUCGCUACUUAAUGUUCCCCAACAUAUGAAAACAUACGUUAUGAUCUUAAAACUCAGAGUCUUUUUUUUUCGUUGAGUUGAACUCAAAGUCUUUCUGUGGAAAAGCUUACCUACCAUAAUAAUAUUCUCAUUUUUCUAUACAUGUCAACUGAUCACUCAACAAAAUCAGUCUUGCCCCCCACAAAAGAUAUAAUCUGAAGUUGAAGAACCCUAAAAUUGCAGGAGCUGAAGGAAACAGAUGGAUUAUGGAACACAAACGUUUGUUCCGUAGAAUAGAAGUUUGGGCUUUCUUACUUCAAUUAAUGUUCCGGAAACGUUUUUCUCAGAAUAAUUGGGCUUCUCAAGUUGAACGCCCAAAGUUGCUUCAAGUCAACCAACGGGCCCAAAGAACUAAUGACAAACAAACUCAUUCCCAACCAAAUUCGAACGAAUUUUGAAGGGAAAAAAUCAAACGAUAUUAUCUUUCGAUGGGUUUUCUCGAAUUCGACAAAGAAGAUAUGAGUUUUGUGCAGUUUUGGUAUUUUAACGUAUCUACACUGAACCCACCCGAAUAUGUGUUAUAACUAUGUUCUGAUUCAUUCACUUUAACACUUCCAUCAUCCAUGUCGCUAAAACAUAAUAAUUAUCUCAUAGAUCUCAAUUCUAGUUCCUUUUCUCUUAGUUUUGCCAACAAUUUGACAAAAAAAUUCAUUUUACAUUGAAGUUCGAAGAAAAUUUUAAUAUAGAAAAAUUUGCACAAGAAUGGUGUGGGUGGGUUUUCACAGAACCGUAUACCGGUUGGUUUUUGCAUGACGUAUUACAUCACAAAAUUUUGAUUGCAGGGAUGAUUAAGAUUUUACAAUUUUGGUUUGGGGAUUAUAUACAUGAAAACCGGUCCCACCCGACCCCGUUUUCAUCCCUAGUAAAGUUGAACAUUGAUGGCAUCCUCAAAGAUUCAUUUCAUAGAGAGGAUGAAUAGUUAGCUUCUAGGGGAUGUUAAUGAGUCAAGCUAUUCAAGAGCGGCUCGACGUUCGAUCGAUAAAAACUUGUUCGAUUAAGAAAAUGCUCGACUCAUCUAUUAAUGAGUCCAUGUUGAAUUAAGUUUUGUUCAACUUGCGAGGCUCGUGAGCCAGCUCGACUUAGGUGGCUUAUUGAGCUAAACUUGUGAAAUCUUUUGGUUUUUAGCUCAUGAGAUAUCUCCACAUUGUGAUUACUGAUUACUGAGCCAACUCGAAUACCUUAUAAGAAAAUCAGUCUAUAUCUUAUGAGAUCAGUUAAUCACAUGUAUCAUAUAUGACAUUUAGGGGUCGUUUGGAAGUUGGGAUUCUUUAAAUUGAUGAAUUCAAUCAAUGUAUGUAUUCUAAAUUGAUGUUUUGUUUGAAUGAUUGUAUUUAAAAAAUCCAUUGUUUGGAGGUGUACAGUGACGGACCCAGAAAUUUUUUAUAGGGGUGUCCUCUUUUAAAAAAUAAAUUAAAUAAAAAUAA